ACUACAGGGUCAACCAGGACGUGACGGUUAUCCGGGUCCACUUGGAUUGGAUGGCAAGCCAGGCCCUCAAGGACCUAAAGGCGAAAAGGGGGAGCGAGGAGAUAUUGGCCCUAGGAUGGUUUUUCCUCGUCUCAACCAUCUCAAUCAUGGAUUUCUUUCUAAAGACCAGAAUGUUCUUAACCGGCGAAUCAUUAAGGGUGACCAAGGUCAAGCUGGACCUCCUGGACCACCAGGGGCUCCGGGGGCCAGAGGACCACCUGGGGAUACAGGCAAGGAUGGGCCAAAAGGAUCACCUGGUGUACCUGGUUUGCAAGGACAACCAGGGGAAAAUGGAAUGAUGGGCCCUAGAGGACCGCCUGGGAUAAAGGGAGAGCCUGGAAGCACUGGGAAGCAGGGUGAAGAUGGUAUCCAAGGAGAACUAGGUCCCCAAGGGCCAAAGGGUGAGCCAGGGCUCAAGGGUGAAAAUGGAACAGAUGGCUUUCCAGGGCAAAAGGGUGAACAAGGGGAAAAUGGAGUGGAAGGAAUUAUGGGACCGAUGGGUCCACCUGGUCAAAAAGGAGAACGUGGUGAUACAGUGGUUAUUGACUAUGAUGGAAGAAUCAUGGAUACGCUAAAGGCUGCAGGGAUACACAAUAUUGUGGGCCCACCUGGACCUCCUGGACCACCGGGCUCUCAGGGCUUGCAAGGACUUCCUGGGCCAAAGGGAGAGCUUGGAUUGCCUGGUCCACCCGGAGUUGAUGGAGCAGAGGGAUUAAAAGGAGAAUCUGGCACCACUGGGCAGCCUGGAAUAAAGGGAGAAAAAGGAGACAUUGGCUUGUCUGGUCCAGCAGGAGCUGGUGGCCCAAAAGGGGAGAAAGGAGAAGCUGGAAUUUCUGAAACACAGGAGAAACUUAUAAUACCUGAAGCAGGACCUCCUGGACCCCCAGGCCCCCCAGGCCCAUUGGGACAUCCAGGAAUUCAAGGUCCUAAGGGAUUAGAUGGAAUAAAGGGAGAAAAGGGAGAUCAAGGUGAAAAGGGAUAUACUGGACCACCGGGACCUCCUGGUCUAGAAGGACUUAUUGGCCUACCAGGUGCCAAAGGAGAAAAGGGCAGACCAGGUGAACCAGGCUUAGAUGGCUUCCAUGGUCUGUCUGGAGAUAAGGGAGACAGAGGGGAACGAGGAGAAAAGGGUGAAAGAGGUAUACCUGGGCGGAAGGGAGUCAAAGGACCAAAGGGAGAACCUGGGCCUCCAGGAUUGGAUCAGCCGUGUCCAGUGGCUAAGCAGGACUUGAAAGGCUUUAAUGGGAAUACAGAUUUAUCUUAUCCAUACCCCUUGGGACCAGAUGGUCUUCCAAUACCAGGGUGUUGGCAAAAAAAGUAAUCCCUAACCAGCAAGCAUGGAGUGUGUAUAUAUUAUCAAUAUUUUUUUACUUUUUGAACAAAACAAUAAUAUAUUGAUCCUUAUGUUGUGUACGGUUACUGAUGGACUAUAUGAUGCUGAACUUAUAACAUUUGGACUAGCAGCUAAAAAGCUGUGAGCAGAUCUCAUUGCUAACAGUUAUUACUGCCGCUCGGAUUAACACCGUUUUUAUAGCGAUAUUUACAUUUUUCUUAACAAACUGACCUGCAUGGUGAGAGAUUACUCAUCAGUAAUGCUUUAUUGUCUUUUGAUUUCUUUACUUUCUUCCGGAAACAACAUCAAAAGGGUGAAAAAAAGUUGAAAGGGAAAAACAAACCAUUAUUGCAGCCGUAGACAUGGAAGCAAAAUAAUGUUCUUUAACACCAGAAAUUAUAACGUGGAAUGAGAGUUGCAUUGUCUGUAUAUUCUACCUGUUCCAUACAAUAAAGACUACAGCUGCAGAGGAAACCGGGACUGAAAACAACAGCCAUUUUGUGGUUUCCUACAAGUAGAUCUGCCUAACCGUCUCCUGUAUUGUACAGGCAUUUUGCACAUGCUGCUGAUAUUUACAUUCAUCUUUAAUAAUAAUAAUAAUAAUGCCUGUUUUUAUUUUUUAUUUUAUUAAAUGUUGAUGGGUUGCAUGGAGUUUUGUGGAUCAAACUUUCUGCACAUAUGAAUAUUUUUCAUGUGUCUCUAUGUACAUGGACAGCAUAUAUGAAGAGAGUUCUGCUGGUUCUUGUCUAUAAACAUGAUGAAUAUGGCAUCCUCCUUAGAACUCUUGAUAUUAGCCAACAGCUCUUGCAUAUACAACAGGACAAGUGAUAGAGUGACAUUUGCAUAAUAGAAGUUCAGUAAUUAUGCAAUAUAUACGGAAUGGAAUUCCCUGAAAAUGAAAAUCCAGCCAAACAAUGAAGAUUUCAAAGGCUGUUUUUUUGGUGGGGGGUUUUAACAAUAUUAUCUGAACCUUAAUUUUCAUGUAAUAUGGAAAAUAUUUUGCCUUAAAAAAAAAAAAACUGGACACUCUUCAAGAGUCAAAAGGGUUUUUUUUUUCUUUAAAAAAAAGCUUUAAUUGUAAAUAGCUUCAUCAAAUGGAUUUUAUGUCUCAUCAACCUUGUGCCAAAUUGCAUCCGACAUAUGGACGUUUUUAUUGCCAAGUGUUUAUUAAUAUCAUGUUUGCAGGAAAGACUUUGAAAACAAUAUUUGUAAGAUUUCAGAACACAACAUUGAAAAUGCAUUUCAAGUAUGUUUUUAACAUAUAUAUGUACACAUUUAUAUUUACUGCAUUUUUUACUGUAAUUAAAUUAACUAAUGCUUAUUAGUUUUUGCUAUACAAUAGGAACUUUACACAUUUUAAGAACUUGUAUCAUACUUUUACUCAGUAUUUUAAUCUUACUAAACAAAUCUUUUUUUUAAAUAAUUUAUUUUAUGUUGUAUUAUUUCUUUUUUCAUUAAUUUUUAUUACAAAUAUUUGUGAACAGUUUUUCUUAAGGACCGCUGUCAGACAGAUGUAAAAGUGACACAGACAAAUGUAUUACAUAUAUUCCCAAAUAUUUUACAUGUGGGUAAUUGGUAACAUUUUUUUAAAUAAUACUAUUAAUCAAAGUAAAAUAUUGAUAUAUUAACAA